AUGGUUUCUGCAUUUUAUAUUCUCCACUGCGCUGAUACCGAGCUUGAGUACCUGAGCAGCGAGGCGUUGUUAUACCGAAUAUUCUACGAAGAUAUUCCUGAUACUCAGAAAGUAUUGAAUGAUUUUGACGUGAUUUACAAGAAACAAUCUCCAAGUGACAGAACACCUGUAAUUCAUCACAAUGGACUCAAUUAUAUCUACCUCUUGAGGGAGAAUGGCAUUUUGCUACUUGUGGUAACUAGGCGAAAUGUGGACGUGAUGCUUGUGGUACUUUUCCUCCACCAUUUCCAAGAAUUGAUGAAGCUCUAUCUUUGUUCAGGCCCAGAAUCAGAUACGCUGGCACGAGUUCUCGAUAAAGAAGUGAUAAUCGAUAAUGUCUAUUUCAUAUAUGAGCUUCUUGAUGAGUGCAUUGAUGCUGGAGUCAUUCAGAUGACUGACUAUAAUAUCUUGAAGGAGUACAUCAAGGUGAUUCCAAACAGACCGCACUUUGAGUUGCAAACCAAGGAAUACAGUGGAUCCAGUUCUGAGUCUGACCAUGACGACGACCCCGAUUCUCGAUCCAAGAGCAACAAGUCCAAGCAAAAGAACAAAGAUAUCAAAAAGAUCCGAUCCACCCAUAACCAAGCCGUCAAGGCCGAUGAAUUGGUAUUGGAAGAGAAUUAUAUAAACAGUUCCAUAGUGAGGGCAUCCAGUCUGGCAAUCAACUGGAGGCCCAAGGGGAUUUACUAUGCCAAAAAUGAGAUAUAUGUCGACAUCGUCGAGAACUGUGAGUUUCUUUAUGAUCUUGAACAGCAGGUGAUUCUCCAGAAUGAAGUGUUUGGGAACUGCUUUGUCAAGUGUUAUCUCCUGGGAAUGCCCACAUGUACCCUUGGUUUCAACGAGACCCGAAUCUCGAACAUUGACAGCGACGAGCCAAUCGUUGAAGAGGUGACCGAAAGACCCGAUAACCAGUUGAUACUUGGUGAAGACCAGGAGAGAGAUCCUGAUGAAGAUAUGGAAUUGAGAGACUCCGUUGAAGACCAGGAACUAAGAGCUUUCAAGAAGCACAUUCCCUUCAGAAACAUUCAGUUCCACCAAUGCGUGGAACUCGAUACCAUCUACAAAGACAAUCUCAUGAGGUUCAUCCCACCUGACGACAAGUUCAUACUUAUGAGUUAUCAUGUGGAACAGCAACGGCAGAGACGUAAACUCCCGUUGUUCAUGGUCAAACCCCUCUACAGAAUUGACCCCACCAACCGUAGACUCCAGGUGCUAUGUGUGUUGUCCACCAGCUUUAGAAAGAGACUUCAUGGCAAGGAUCUCAAAAUCAAAAUCCCCAUCAAUCCACUCCUAUUCGAUGUUUUGUUUGAUGACAAUUUGAAGUACAAAGCAGAGAUAGGACACGUUAAUUUCCAGGUGGACAGCUCGGAGUUGAUCUGGGAAAUAGAACAGUUUUCAGGUAAUAACCCAUCAAUCAAGAUGAUGGCAGAGUUGCCCAUUAGUGAUAAAGUGUCUGACUUAACAGUUUCACAAAUCCACUCCACCAUCCAAAACCUGGCACAUUCAUAUCACCGCACCCAUGAACUGGACGAAGACGACAAUGAACUGGCCAAACGUGAGCUAGACAAGUACUACGGGGUCAACGGAUCCAAGUCGUCUCUGAUUGAGGAAAUCCAAAAAUCUCUCACCAAAAUUCAGUCCUUCAACCAUGUCAAACUCAGUUACAAUAUUCCCAUGUUAUCUUACACGGGACUCAAGCUCAACUACCUCAAAGUCGACGAACAGAACCUCAAAUACACAUGUUUCCCAUGGGUCAGAUACGUGACACAAUCUGGCAGGACCAAUACAACUUUGUUAGCGUCUAAAUCGACUUGCACAUAUAGAUUCAAGUUGGGGGCCACCUGCUUCGAGUUCAAGUAA